AUGGCAAAAAUCCUCAGUCCCCUGCUGCUAGAGUCUCGAUGCUCCUUCGACACGAAGCGACGCGACAAACAGGGACUCGCGUCAACGGAGAUCGUUCCCAUCGAAUACAACGGUGGUCGCGUGCUGAGCGGCGCGACGCUGAAUGUGUACAUAAUCUACUAUGGCACCUGGCCAGCAAAAGCGGGACCAAAAAUAAUUGAGAAUUUCAUCUCGUCACUGAGUCUGGGAAGCGCCAAUAAGCAGGGUGCGGCCGGGGAUCCCAAAGUGAGCUACUGGUGGGCGACCAAUACAAAAUACUACUCGGAGGCAGAAGACGGGACACAGGCCUUCGUCAGCACGGAGGUGAAAGUCGCGAAGGUAAUCAAACACAAAGGAUUCGUGCGGAAGAAAGUCAGUGCAAGGACUGCCUGGGAAGUUGUUCGGAGCAAGAUUGGCACCAAGAAGCCGUUUCCCUACGACGCCAAUGGUAUCUACCUGAUGAUCGCAAGCAAGAACGUGAAAAUCGACGGCUUUUGCAAAGGAAGCCCGACGCCCAACGGGAACCCCGGGAUCGACUCGAUGAUCGUCAAUAUUGCUAACGUUAUCGCGGCAUCUGCGACGAAUCCCGACCGUCAAUCCGGCUGGUUCGACGCUGACGGAUACACAAGCGUCAAUAAGUGCCUAGCACUACCUGAUGCAUUCGAACCCCUUCUAACGGCCAAGAAUGCUAAAGGUAAAAAGUUUAAGUACAACGUCGUGGGGCUCAACAGUAUGAAGUUCAUGGUUCCGAACAACUUGGACCCUGACACCAACUCGUGUGUCAUGCAGACGAUAUCCCCCUAG